UUAGGUUGAAGAUCUGAAACCCUAUUCCAUCAUUCUGUGAAAUUUUCGAAAGUCUAGAGGACGAUCGAAUCGACGCUCUGAAAUUUGAAAAUUGUGAUUGGGGAAAGAGAUGCCUCAGAGACACUCGAAAAACAACAACGAUCUCGCGUUCUUCACGUACGAUGAGAAGCGGAAACUUGGGUAUGGGACCCAAAAGGAGAGGCUGGGCAGGGACUCCAUUAAGCCCUUCGAUGCUUGCUGCCUCUGCCUCAAACCCUUAAUUGACCCUAUGAGCUGCCAAAAAGGACAUGUCUUUUGUAAAGAGUGCAUUCUCCAGUGCUUGUUGUCUCAGAAGAAAGACAUUCAAAGGAAGCUUGUGGCACAUGCUGCUCAGCAGAAGCAAGAAAAAGAAGAGGAAGAAGAGAGAUUGAUGUUGCAAAAGGCUAAAGAGCUUGAUGCUUUUGAUCAGCAAAAUCAUGGUGCCGUUCCACAAUACAGUGAUAGAAAUUAUAGCCGUGAUAAGAAUGGUUUCCAUGGGGCAAACAGUGUGAAGGUCACUUCCUAUGAGGAGGAAGCCCUUCGGACAAUGAAGGCAUUUUGGCUUCCUUCUGCUACGCCAGAAGCUUCUGUUAAAGUAGAAGCACCUUCUACCAAUACCAUCUGUCCAGAAGGCAAUGAGAAACUGAAGUUAAAGACACUAUUCCCUGUCCUGUUCACUGAAGAUACUAGUGAGCAGAAAAAAUCCAAGGCUUUUGAUAGGACCUACAUUUGUCCUAGCUGCAAAGUUACUCUCACCAACACAAUGUCACUUGUGGCUCUUAGUUCAUGUGGGCAUGUAUUUUGCAAAAAAUGUGCUGACAGAUUUAUGGCUGUGGAUAAGGUUUGCCUUGUUUGCGACAAGGCAUGUAAAGAGAGACAUUUGGUGAAUUUGGAGAAAGGUGGGACAGGUUUUGCCGGUCAUGGGGAUCAUCUUGAAGCCAGAGAUUUCAAGCAUUUGGGAAGUGGUUCUGGGUUGGGGCUGGUUAGACCUGCAAUGAAGACUUGAAGCCCAAUUGAUUUAGCUUGUCGGGUGUAUGAUACUCCAUUCGGGAUAAGAAAAAUGUGCAUUAACUUCUUCAUGUUACCGUAUUAUACUCAUCAUUAUCUGUCUUAUCUAAGAGCUGUUCUACUUCUUGUACCAAAAAAAGAAAAAAGAAAAGACCUGUUCUACUUCGUGUAAUUUUUAUUUUAUUUUUCUACCUUAUAAUUUGAAAAGUGAGCUUGUUCCAUUAAU